AUGCCUCCAGUCAACAGUAAAUACGAAUGGCCGUAUCCAGUGGCCAAGAGGUUUCCAGGAGGAUUUGAGAGGUUCUCUUAUAGAACUUAUAAUUGGUUUGAGAAUCGACUCUGGCCAGUUAGACCUCUGCCAUUUCUGACAGCAACAGCAGCUGCCACUGCAUUCCAAGUGAGAGAUAUUGGAUUAGAGGGAAUCCGAGAGAAUGUACACAAACUACUGAAACCUCUUGCUAUCUCUGUUGGAUCUGUGUACACUUCUGUCUUCUUGUUCCGUCAUUUCCUCAAAUACUUCUACUUUUCCUACAAAGGAUAUUUGUUCGAGAACCCAAAGAAGCCAUCAAUCCGUACAAUAAUUUGGGGUGUUCUUCGAAAAGUUCUUCUCGCUGUGGCCCCUCCACAACUAUCUUCAUGUGACCGACUUCUGCCAAACCUCCCACUUCCAGCACUUCAGGAUACGGUAGAUAGAUACAUGGAUUCUAUGAAACAUCUUAUGCCAGAGGAGAACUAUGUGGAAUUGCUCGAGAUGUCACGCGAGUUCGUGGCAAAGGAGGGACGCAGUCUUCAAAGAUAUGCGUGGUUCCUUCACAAGUUCACUGAUAAUUAUGUGACGUCUCUGUGGGAAACCUAUAUUUAUAUGGCUGGAAGAUAUCCAUUGCUGAUUAACAGUAGUGUUGCACAAUGUACAAUGUAUGGACCGAGUGAUUUAAUUCAAGCUUAUCAGGUGGCUAGACUGAUAUACAUCGAGACGAUUGCUAAUUUGGCAUUGGAUAGACAGAAGUAUAUGGCGGUAGGUGACGGUAUUAUGUCUACCCGUCACUACAAGAACAUCUACAACGGUUGCCGUAUUCCUGGCCAACAAUAUGAUCAUUUCCAAUGGAACAAACCAGCCAAACAUAUCAUCCUAGUUCAUGAUUGUACUUGGUAUAAGGUGGAUGUCUGUGAUGCCAACGGGAAUCUUUAUACUGUUGAUCAGCUUGCCAAAAUUGUCGCCGAAGUGAUGAAAAGAGAUGAUAAAUCAAAAGGAUAUCUUCGAAAUAUCGCCAGUCUCACAACUGAUAGAAGAACUGAAUGGUGUGCCAAUAGACAGAAGUUCUUCUUGGAUAACAAACAUAACCGUCGACUUCUCGACUGUAUUGAAACUGCUCAAUUCGUUAUGUCAGUUGAUGGAGAUUUGAAUUGGGGUGUGGAGACAACUGAGCAGUUAUCCAAUUACAUGAAGGAUAUGUUGGCUGGAUCAGGAGCUAAUCGUUGGGUUGAUAAGACUAUGAAUUAUGCAGUUGAUGCAAGUGGAAGAGCUGGAGCCACGGGAGAGCAUUCUCCAUGUGACGGAGCAGAAUUGGAUCAUUUAUGUGAAAAUGUUUUGAAUGUAGAUAAACAAGUUUUAGAAUCUCCAAGUAAAGAGAGACAAUUGGAAAUUAUUCAAAUGACUGAAGAAGAGAAGAAAACGUUGAAAUUAGCAGAAAAGCUAGGCUUCCAGGAAGUUGAUGGAAUGGAAACCGAAGUGAAUCGUUGCUUCGAACAGCAUCUGAAAGCUUCUGAUGAUCUUCACAUGCACUCUUUGGCAUUCACUGAUUUUGGAAAAGGACGUGUCAAGAAAUGUGGAAUUUCCCCAGAUGGUUUCUUACAAAUGGCUAUUCAACUUGCCAACUAUUAUGAUCAAGGAAAAAUUGUGCUAACUUAUGAGCCAGGAUCAGUCAGAUUCUAUGCCAACUCGAGAACAGAGACACUUCGUCCAGUGACCGAUGCAUCUUGCAAUUUUGUAAAAGCUAUGAUGAACCAGGAAGCAACGCAAAAAGAGCGUCGUGAGCUGUUGAAGAAGGCGUGUGGAGAUCACGUUGAAAAUUGUAAACAGGUUAUGACAGGAAAUGGAAUUGACCGACAUUUAUUCGUUUUGUGUGUUCUGGCAAAAGGGCUAGGAUAUUCAAGCCCGUUCCUUGAGGAAUACGCGAAUCAGAAGUGGUUGUUGAGCACGAGCAACAUUCCAAACAUGACGAAUUCCGUUGAUGAAGACACAACUGAAGACAAGAUAAUGCUUGGCGCUUCGUUUGGAGCAGUUGCUCAGGACGGCUACGGAAUCUGUUAUCGCUUUGCUGGAAACCGCGCUAUCAUGGUUCACAUAACCUCUUAUCAUUCUUCUCCAGCCACAGAUUCUGACAGAUUUGGACAGCAUUUGCGUGAAGCAAUCCACACUUUGGCUGAUUUGUUCGACGAGGAACCGAGUAACAACAAUGUUUCCAAGAAUAAUAAUGUCUCGAAAAACUUCUAA